UCUUUGACUGGAAGUGCAAAUUUCGUGAGGGAUAUUAGAGAUCCUGAACAUCCUUAUUCAUUGGAGCAGCUUAGUGUUCUUUCCGAGGAAUCAAUCACCGUUGAUGAGAAGCUCGGCCGUAUUCUGAUAACUUUCACUCCCACAAUUCAGCAUUGCAGCAUGGCGACUGUAAUCGGUUUAUGCCUAAGGGUUAAAUUAAAAGAAUGUUUUCCUCCGCAUUUUAAGGUUGACAUUAAAGUCGCCCCGGGAUCUCAUGCUGAUGAAGAAUCAGUUAAUAAGCUGUUGAAUGAUAAAGAACGAGUCGCCGCUGCCUUAGAGAAUCCUAACCUUCGCCAACUUGUGGACGAGUGCCUUUAUUCCAAUGAACUUUGAAGCCAAGUACUAAUCUUCUAAAGCUUAUUGUACAGGUCAAAAAACAUCAGCAUCUCUAAUUCAAUAAGAAAUAACAUGGCUGCAAUGUUUCUUCUCAUUUGCAGAAUGUAUAUGCUUGUGUGUUGUCGUUUUACUUUGCAGAAGAGUGCAUGUGCGUCUAGGAUAUCUCUAUGUUUUUUUUUUUAAUUAUUAUUUGUCUGCAAUGGCGUUUUUUCAUGUGGCUAUUCGAAACAAUGAAGAGGAUGGGAAACUUUGGUUUUUUCUUUUUUGUUUGUAACAAUGAAGAGAUGUUCCAGUAAUGGUUCCGUCGUGCAAUAUUUUUCUUUUGGUUAAAA